AUGGCCUCUCCACGAAGCUCGAAGCUCCCAACCGCGUCACAAUUCAUGCGUCUCCCACCAGAACUCCGGCUAAAGAUUUAUCAAUACGCCCUCACAGUGCCAAACGACUAUAUCGACAAACCCUUAAUAGUAGUGCACGACCGCGGCAACGUCUUCACAGCUCGAGGCCGCUACCGCGCCUUAUCAAUGUGUCCCAGCUGGGUAGGCGAAGACGGCACAGCAAAGAACCUACUCUCAGUAUCGCGACAAAUCCACGACGAAGCAGAAGACUAUCUAUACUCACACCAUACACUCUUCUUCCGCAACUCAUUCGAUUUGGACCGACUCGGUGAUUUCCUCGAUACAUUAAGUCCUACAGCGCGACUCCGAAUCCGUAGCGUUGGAUUCGAGGUUUACCUCUUUGUGCAUACGCAACCUGGGAUUCCGAAACGUACAUUAAAACAGUACGAGCGUGCGAGAGAAUUGCUUGUGCAGCGAUUACCUUGUUGGAAGAAUUUAUUGUUUUAUUUUGAUCCACGCUUCUAUUAUCCUCCUAUUGAAGUUGGGGGAAGAGAGUUAGCGGCGAGGGGUGUACUGCAUCUUGCUAGGAAGUUUGCGGGGUCGUUGCAUGUUACGUUUUAUCCGUUGCCGGAUGGUCAACAUAGACUUGUUGAGGAGGCGAAACAGUUAAUUUGGAGGAGUAGCUCGCCGGAACGGCGCGCCCCGGAGGUUUCUUGGAGAUUGAAGAAGUCUUCUGUGUUUGAUGGGGUCGUGCGUGAUGAUGUUGCGGAGAUGUCACGUCAUGGGAAGUGUUAA